CCUCUUCGAAACCCUAACCCUAACUUUCUCUCUCCUCUCUCUCCUCUCUCGCCGCCGUGGCAAUGUCGCACUUCGGCCGAACCGGUCCUCCCGACAUCAAAGACACUUUCUCUCUCCUCGUCCUCAACAUCACCUUUCGAACUUCGGCCGAUGAUCUCUUUCCUCUCUUCGACAAGUAUGGAAAGGUUGUGGAUAUCUUCAUUCCGAGGGAUCGAAGGACUGGGGAUUCGAGAGGGUUUGCGUUCGUGAGGUACAAGUAUGCUGAUGAGGCUCAGAAAGCUGUGGNNNUGUUUACAGGGAGGAAUGUUGAUGGUCGAGAAAUCAUGGUGCAGUUUGCUAAAUAUGGGCCUAAUGCUGAGCGGAUCCAUAAAGGAAGAGUUGUGGAAGAUUUCACCAAGAAAAAGAGGACAAGGAGUCGUAGCCCGAGACCUAGGUAUGGUAGUGAUUAUCAGCGAGACAGAGAUUAUAGAAGGCGAAGUCGUAGUCGAAGCAGAGGAAGGUAUGACCGUGACAGGUACCGCGAGAGAGAUACGGAUAGGGACCAUCGCCAUAGAAGUAGAAGCCGAAGCAUGAGCCCUGAUUAUUAUAGGGGCCGUGGCAGAGGCAAGUAUGAUGAUGAGCGAAGGAGGAGCAGGAGCCGCUCCUUUGACAGUAUAUCGCCUGUUCGACAUAGCCUCAGUCCUCGAAGAAGCUUAUCUCCUCGUAGGACUCCUCGAAGAAGCUUAUCUCCUCGUAGGACCCCUCCUUCACGUGAUCAAAGAAGCCCUGCGAAGCACAGCCCUGCUGAGCGUUCUCCAGCUUCUCUAAGUGUUUCACCACGCGGUCGGCAUCGUGGUUCCCAUAGCCUGUCUCCACGUCCCUUAGAUGAGGAUUAAUGAACUACUGCAUCAGAAACAUGCUGUUUGUUUUUAAGGGGGAGCUUGGAAGUCGUGUCUGAUGCUUUUGGUAGCACUGAACUGUUUUAAAGGUUAUGCAUUUCCUCUAAUGUUACUGUAUGCUUCUCGUUUGUUGGGUAUUUCAAGAAACUUUUCAGUCAGUUGUGUGGUGGAUGUUGCUAGCAUGUAGCAUCUUUUUUCAAGACACAGUAUGUACUUUCUUUUCUUAUUACUUAUCUAUAGUCAUGCUUGUUGGUUAUAUUAUGAUUAAGCAUCUAACUUAUGAUGUCAUGUAUCCUGCACUAGUUAUUGUACGAGGAGUGAAUUGUAGUAGCUGAUUGUCCGCAGACAGCAACAUGAUGCAAAUGAAUGAACUUGCUGAUGCUGUUUGUCCUUGAUCAUGGGAUGAUGAUUACGGUUGGUGGUGGUGGUGGUUAUGAUGAUGCUGGUGAUCAUGAUGAUUGCUGAUGAUUUUCCAUUCGUUGGUGAUGAUGAUGUUGAUGUUGGUGAUGAUGUUGUUGUUGUUGGUGACAUUCAAUUUGAUGAUUGUUUCAGUGUUUAUAAGGUUCUCUUCCCGAUGUGAGACCAAGCAAAAUGCACAAUGGUGAUCCGGUAAGUGGUAAGGAUUGUUUUUAAUAGUCUAAGCUGUUUGAUGAAUAGUUUUUAGUUGACUUUGCUCCGACAGUUGGUAUUUUGUUUUGCAAGCUUCUUAGUAUUUGUAGCCAUGAUAGCCAUGCAAUCCUUCCUGAUCUACUCUAGAGUCCUAUGAUGCCGAUGUUUCAACAUAUCACUCUAUUACAUAUGAUGCUGGUUGGUCAGGAGCUAGUGGCUUCAACUACUUGCCAGCAGUAAAAGGUGAAAUUAUCAAUUAGCCAUUGAUGUUUCAGUUAUUAGUUUAUAGGUGAAUAUAGUUUUGGGUUAGUUGCAGAUAGAUCCCUUGUAGUCUGAUGUUUUGUAAUUGCUGCCCCGCUAGUUUUAUUGUUACAGAUAUACCUUCCAAGUGAAACUGUUUUUACUCUUUUACCCUCAGAGAAAGAAAAAUUCCAUUUUUGACCAAUAGAUCGCCUGUGGUAAAACAGUCAAAAAAAUUCACUCAAUAAAACUAGAGGGAUAGUACGUUAAAAACAAUAAUACUACAGGGUAUCUAUCCUCAAUUAACCCUAUGUUUUUCUGUAUCAUUUUUUUGUCUUCGUAGUAAUUUUUGUAGGUCUGACACAUGGGCAUCUUAAAAAUGGUCAACAUGUCCUGCUUAGUUGUAGCUCCUGACCUGUGUUAAUUUGCAUCUGAAGAGCAAAAUAACUUGUUGCAGCCAUGCUAGGUUUAUUAUCUCAGGUUUCCCCUUAGCAUCAUUAUGUUGUGAGUUUUUAGGAUUUUAAUUUGAACUUUGUAUCUUUCAACAUGUGAUAAUGCUGCAAGAGCUGUGGCUGCAGUGUGGUAGAUUGGCAAAAUAUAGUGGAAACCCACCUGUUCGCUGCAGGAUGCCGCUACUCUUCUUUGUGGCUGUAGAGGAUUUUGUAAGAGUUGCAGUUGCAUAAGGACCUUUGUGGGAAAACAUAAUAAAGAGUUGCAGUUCCAGUUGCAUAAGGUCCUUUGUGGUAAAAUAUUUACUUUCGGUAUAAUCCAUCACUUAUUGCCCGUUGGUAGCACUUUUGCUCGAGUUUCAGAAUAUGCUUUGUUAAGAUAUUCUCUCCCAUAGUUUGUAUUUUUGGUUUUUGAUAAUACAAUCUGAAAGUUGACUU